AUGGAAACUAAGCAGGGAAACAACAAGGGUGAAGCUCCGUUGCUUUUGAUAUCUCAGGGUGAUAAGUUUCAGAAACAUAUAAUCUACAGUUUAUUGCAUAGUGAAUUUCGCAACUUAAGUACUAUGACAACGAGGAAAAUAUUGAGCGACAAGAAGGUACUAGGUUCCAGUUCCAGUUAUGGAUGGUUGGGUUUAGUGCAACCGCUCGGUCAUGAUUGCGACUGUUGUCUUUUCAAUCCAGUAUCCAAGGAUAAAAUCGACCUCCCGAAGAAACUAGACAACGGGUACUUUUACAACAAAUUAAUCAUGACCAAGCCUCCCACUGAACCUGAUUGUUACAUCAUCUUCAGCAGCGAGCGCGAUGGACUGUCUUUCUGUCGGAUUGGAGAUGAAGAAUAUGUGACAGUAGAGGAACAUGAAAUUGGUUUCGAUGAAGAAGAUGGCUUCAUGGGUUAUUUAAUGGCGAUUGUAUGUUUCCGAGGUAAGAUUUACGGCUUUAUAGAACCUGACAAAUUCGUCACGAUUAAUUUUGUGGACAAAAGUCUCGAGUAUGAAAGGCCGGUGACUUUGAUGAAUGAAGACGGCACUCAGCCUUGGUUUAUUCCUCGUGCUUUUAGAGGGCGAAUUAAUAGCAUAUGGUUGAUCAAAUCAUGCAGUACUGAUGAGCUCUUGCUUGUUCUGAAAACAUACCCGUGCCUAACUGUCAAAGACAGUUCGGAGUUUAGGGUUUUUAGUGUAGAUACGAAUGCAAUGACGUGCAUGGAGGUAGAAAAUAUAGGCAAUCGGUCAAUUUUUGUGACUCUCGAUGAUGGUGGAUAUUGUUGCCCUACUCCUAUAGGAAUUAAACCUAACUCCAUUUAUUAUACAAAUAUUAGAGACCGGAAUUACAAUGUUUUUGAUUUGGAAGAUAGGAGCAAAACUUCGAUGCCGAUACUUGGUGGUGUUGCAGUGUGGUCAAAAGCCGUUUGGGUCCAACCCCAAAUGUUGAAGAAUUUUAUGCACCAAAUCUAA